UUUUCUCAACAUGAACGAGACGUUCUGAUAGAUUGUGUUCAAAAGUACAAACAUGUCAUUGAAGAUAAGAGGACGGAUUCAAAAGCUAUUUAUAAGAAGCAGAAAGCCUGGGCAAGGAUUCUUGUGCUGUACAAUACUCAAUUGGGUGUCACCAAACGUGCUGUAAAACAACUUCAAUCGGCAUGGAAAAAUAUGAAACGCCAGACCAAGGUCUUCAAAGCG